CAUAUAUACAGAUAACUCAUUCAUGGCCAAAAUAGUGAGGUUGUUGCAGAGGUAGAUUCAAAUCUCUAAACAGUGAGAAUUGGAGAGCAAAUAUGAGGAGCAAGAAAGCAGCAAAAAUGGGGUCAAGUGGGAUUCUAAGAUUCUUUACAUUCACAAACAUGGCUGCUGCUGCCAUCGUCCUCUCUUCAGGUAUGAGUAUUGAAGUGCAAAGGGCGAAGAAAUUACUAAUCUCCACAACGCAUAUGGACAUCACAACACCAUUGGCAACAAUUCCUCCCUCUAACCAAGCCCUGAAUCCGGCCGGCGAAUCUCCAAAAGUCAUGAAUCCGGCCAAUCCGCGCACGGCGCCGCUGGUGACCGACUCGCCGGCUGGCAGCUGGUGCGUGGCCAGCCAGUCAGUGUCCCAAUCUGCUUUACAGGCUGCGUUGGACUACGCCUGUGGCUAUGGUCAUGUCGACUGCUCGGCCAUCCUGCCCGGUGGGGCGUGUUACAACCCGAACACGGUUCGCGACCAUGCCUCUUAUGCAUUCAAUAGUUACUAUCAGAAGAAUCCGAUCCCGACCAGCUGCAAUUUUACUGGAGCUGCUAUUAUCACGAGCAUGGAUCCAAGUUACGGGGCAUGCCAAUUUGCAUCUACGAGCACAAGUUCAUCAGUGCUAAAUAUAAGCAAUUCAAGUGGGUUCAGAGUAUAUGGCGAUGGACCAACUUCCACAGCUGCAAGGUCAAGUCGAGAUCAUUUUAUUCAAACUACAUUAUUAGUUCUCACAAUUGGAGGAUAUAUCUCGUUAUGCCUUGUAAAGAGUUGAUAAAAACUAUGUUACAAUCUAAUUACUCUAAACAUAUGUAAACCCUCAUAUAUAUAUAUAUAUAUAUAUAUAUAUAUAGAGAGAGAGAGAGAGAGAGAGAGAGAGAGAGAGCAAUUAUUGAAACAUAGUGUUAAUGUUGGGUAAUUUAGGUUGUUUUCCGUCAGGAUGUAAGGAGAAUGCAAGACUAGUUUUUGUUAGU